AUGAGCGCUAUAUCAAUUGGAUGCUGGACAUGUCGCGUACGACACAAAAAAUGCGACAUCACCCUCCCAAUAUGCAGGGAAUGCAGUGACCGCAACGUCCAGUGUCAUGGGUACGGGCCGAGGCCUACAUGGAUGGACGGAGGAUCUGAAGAAAAGAAAGAAAAAUCGCGAAUCAAGACCGCAAUCAAUCAGCAUGUGCGACGACUCCGGAAGAUGCGAAAUCGCGCCAAACCCGCGCCUGCGGCAGGUGAUGAAACAGAAUCUACGAUGAAUCCGGCUGGCUCCCCGGAUGGUUCCCCUCUUGUAUCCAUCGAAUCUUCGACGCAAGAUACUAUUUUCGAUCCGCAGUCAGCAUGUCUGCUGAUGCAUUAUCUAGAUCAGGUCUUUGCUUGGCAGUUCCCUUACUUCUGCUAUACAUCCCGGUUAGGAAAUAGAGGCUGGCUUCUCUAUCUACUGAUGAAGCGGGGGCCUUUGUACCAUGCCGUUCUGAGUCUUUCGUCUCUUCACCAGAGUGCUAUUCUGGGUAGUGAGGAGGAAUUCCAACAGAAGGAAAAAGCUCUUGAACACCAUUCGAGGGCGCUUCGAGAAUUCUGCAAAUUCAUGGGCGAGGAACGUGGAAGGUUGCUGGAUGACAAUGCUCGGCUGGCCGAGUUUCUGGCAUGCAGUUUGAUCAUGAUUAGCUGCGGCGAGCACGACUGGCUGCUUCACCUGGACGCGGUCAUUGGUGUUGUACAUUCGCUUUCGCCCGAGAGUAUAUUCACUGCCAACUCACUGUCUGAUAGUCAGUCUGGUAUGACCCGAGUUCACCACCAGGAGGGCCUAGAGUUCCUCCUCGCUACUAUGGUCUCCCUUGAUCUCUUUGCUUGUCUUCCCACGGGCCGGGUACCACAACUACCGUAUCAAAAAUGGCUCCAAACUCCAGAAAUACAGAUAGCAGAUCUGUUGAGCUGCGAAAAUUGGGUAAUGAUGAUAAUCGGAGACCUGGCCUGCUUCGGUCAAUGGAAGAAAGUCCAAGAGGAAGACAAUGCCCUCGAUGUCAGUGAAAUGACCAGACGCGGCGACGAGAUUAAAGCUCGUUUGACCACUGGAAUCGAGGAGCUUGAUUUGAUCAGGGAUGUACGUAUCGCAUCACCAUAUUCAUCAACAUGCACUAACCCCAGUCUUCAGAAAGAAAAUUAUGAGCCCCAGACCAGCUGGGUCACUCGGAUGUACGCCCUCGCAUGUUUGGUUCUGCUUCAUACCACAGUUUCAGGGCCACUGCCCGCCCUGCCGGAGAUUCGCGAAACCGUUUCUAGGAGUAUCGUCGAGCUCCAGGGUCGUCCGAGAGCGUACUCGCUCACGGGCUUGGUGUGGGCGAUUUGUGUAGUGGGGUGUAUGGCACAGGCUGAUCAUCAGCUUUUGUUUGAGGAUCUGAUGGCUGAUUUGGUACGACACUCAGCGCGAUUUGGAAAUCUUGGAACGGUGUUGAAGACGAUGAGGAGUUGCUGGAAGUUGCAAGAAACUGAAAGUGCGGAUUGCAGGACUACGAUGGUAAAGACUGGUAUAUGUGCGAUAUUGAUUUAG